UACAUAUACUCGAAAACGCGCGUUCGAUGCGGAGAUAGUAAUAUACCCCAAGACGGUCGCGGACGGUAGCGCGCGUACGAGACGCGCGCGGAGCGGAGCGGAGAAGCCGUGGGAGGCUCGGACGCGUAACCAGCCGAGCUACACUCCGCACUCCUCGAACACCCGCGUCCGCCUGACCCGAGAGGGAGACUUCAGUAAGCUCGGAGCUUUCAACCGGUCCGCUGGCCGUUCGCUAUCGACGUCGUCGCCGACCGCCGCGUCGCGUCGCGUCCCGGUAUACGAAAUCCGUCUCGACGGAACGCGAUAAAGCUGGUGAACGUCGCGCAUCGAUCGACCCUGGACCCGGGACAUCCUCCGUGCGAACUGUCGUUCGCGAAAUCUCUCGCGUAUCUCCGAAACUGAAACGGAAAAUAGAGAGGCGUCCCCGAGCGAGUGAAAACUGCGAAGAGUAUCAGCGAGCUGAUCUCAAAAUAUGACACUGGCGGAACGAAGUAAUCCUUCGAAAAGUUGUGCUCCGAGAAUCAGCGACUAUCUUACCGAAUGAUUUCAAGUUUCUUCAGAGAUCAGUUUGUUACUAGACGGUUGCUGAUCGGCAUCGCGAGGGUCCAGCGGCAUCGCCUUACUCACGAAACGAUCCCGUCGGCGGGGAAAGGAUGAAGACGAGGAAAAGGAGCUCGCGAGGACGUGCCGGUCGAUGCGGUUUCGAGUUUGCGAUCGCGUGUCAACGGGCUGCGCGCUGAUCCUGCCCCGCGCGAGAUCGGAGCGAUCCUCGAUAAAUAACUCGCGGGGAAGGGGAGGGGACGACUUUUCUAUAUUUGAGGCCGACGACGUGGGGACGAUCGAAGCCGCGUGCGGAGGAGGCGAUGAUCUCGUUCCCGGAAGCGGCCGGAGAUCCUCCCAUUUAAGAGCUCCACGUCGUCGAUCACGCGUGAUCGCGCGACUGUCCCGGCUAAAUUGUCCCGUACGUAAAUCGUCGACGCGCGCGACACAUCGCAUGCUCCUAAAUAAAUCUGACGUGAGAAAGAAAUGAGUUAAUUAUAGUGUGGGAAGUAACGCAGGCAGGAAGAUAAGAAAAACCGCGGUUGAGUUCAACUUUGGGAGAGGCGAAGCAGCUCUCCGUGCGCUCGAUCGUCAAUCUUGCGACGCCAAGUGAUACGGAGGCUGGAAAACACGUUGUGACGGAUAUAUCGAACGGCGACGAACUUGAACGUGAAAAAAAAAAUACGCGAGUUACGCGAGAUGCGUCUGCGUGAUUGCGCGGUAACGCUCGCGCUUUUCGAGCAAUCGGUUCCGUCCAGUCGAUCGCGAUUGAACGCUUUCGGAGGUACGAUCGUGCUCGACGCACGCCGGGACGAGAACGAAACGCAGUAGACUGAAUGUAUCCUUGACAUGCUUGAAUUAAAGAAAGGAUAUCGACGCGACGGAAAGAAGGAGGGCAUGUUUACCGAGAGGGAAUCGCGGGUGGGAUAAAAAUAAAAUGCAACUUUUGUGUAUAUUCGUACGCUCGAUGACGCUCGCGUUGAAGGGAAAUGGUGACGAAACGUCGAGGAAACGUUGCGGUCUGUUGAAAUGACGUGUGUACGACGUGGUGGAUGCCGACGAAGGACUCGAUCGUGUACGUGAAGGCGAGCGUUCACGUGCGGCAGGAAAUCGCGAAUGACAUUUUGCAGGAGUGAUGGCUAUUUCGGGCCGGACACGCGGGUGUGCUGCAUUUAUAAGACAUUCCUCGCGAAUGGUUUACUGCAGAUUCGUAUUUCCGGGACUCGCGAAGACGUGCGUAAAUACCGGGAAACGAAAGGGCGACGAGAUGUGAAGCUUCCUCUUAUUCGCACGGCUCUCACUGAACGUUCCUAUUGCGCUCGAUGCACGUUACAUUAAGCUCAAGGUGAUAUGGAAGCAGAAGACGAAGUGGAUGAUGAGUUGUCGGAGGCCGUCGACACGGAAGCGAAUCAUAACAACAACCUCGAGAACUUCGAGACGAUGAAGAUCUCUACGAAACCGGUGUCCGGAAGGACGUCGGAGAAGGACGACUGUCCUUUAGUGCGCUCGUUCAAUCCCGAGCAAUCGGAAAUCGUCGGCUCCGCCGACGACAGUCCCGAAAAGUUGAAAACGUCCGCGCGAUCAGAAUCAAAAGUACCCCUAAGUACAAGCACAAAGACUGAUGUGAAGGAGAUUGAGAUCGUCAGGCUGUGCAGAGGCAAGAGGGUCAGCUGCCAGGACACUAUACACGAGUACGACGAGGACGACAACCUCACCAUGGAUAGAGUUGGAAGGUAUCUGGAGGCGCAUCCUGCUGUAGCCGAAACGUGGCUGCGGGAAAAAGCGAGUUUCCAGCUUCGACAGAAAUUGCAGAACACGUGUAUGCUGCAAACAAUAACACCGAGCGCACCGAGCGCGCCCAGCGUGCAGCAAGAGGAGAACCUUCUCAAUCCAACCAAACGCAACAGCGUCACAUCCGAUCUCUUUCAAACCUGGCUGGCCUCGAGUUCACCCGCAAAGCGCAGCAGGAGUCCCAACAGAACUUACAGCACAUUGAUGGAUCGUCGCGAGGCGCUCGGUAGACUGGACGAGAGCGAUCUGUUUAUGGAGCUGAUAAGGGACGUGGCGAACGAAUUGGACAUCAAUGUCCUCUGCCACAAGAUCCUAGUGAACGUCGGCCUACUCACUUAUGCCGAUCGCGGCAGUCUGUUCCUGGCAAAGGGGCCCUUGGAGGACCGGUACCUGGUGGCGAAGCUGUUCGACGUCACCCAGGAAACCGAGCUCGAGGAAGCCAUCCAACGGGCUAAGAACGAGGAGCUCAAAAUACCAUUCGGAGUCGGCAUCGCCGGUUACGUGGCGCAAACCAAGGAGACAAUUAACAUCAAGGAUGCUUACAAGGAUCCGAGAUUCAACAGCGCCAUUGACAUGCAAACCGGAUACAAGACGACGUUGAUUCUAUCGAUGCCGAUCUGCAAUUACGAGGGCGACGUUAUCGGGGUCGCCCAGAUCAUCAACAAGACGAACGGCAGCAACGAAUUCACGGACCGGGACGUCGAGGUGUUUCAAAGAUACCUCACAUUCUGCGGCAUCGGCAUACAGAACGCGCAGUUGUUCGAGCUGUCCGUGCAGGAAUACCGACGCAAUCAGAUACUUCUCAAUCUGGCGCGGAAUAUAUUCGAGGAGCAGAACAAUCUCGAGUGUCUCGUCACGAAGAUCAUGACCGAGGCGAAGGAGCUGCUCAAGUGCGAGAGAUGCGCCGUUUACCUGCUCGAUUUGGACUGCGGCGAGGCAGGGCAUCUCGAGAAAAUCGUCGAGCGGCCCGGGAAGUCGGUGCAAGAGAGCAGAAAGCCGUUGUCGAGAAGAGAGAGCAAUAACAUCGACAUGGAGGACAUUAUUCAACAGCACGCAUCGACCGAGGGUAGCAAAUUUACUAUGGUAUUCGAGAUGGAGAACGAAACGCAAGAGGCCCGGGUCUAUCGACCAAGUAAAAACAAUCUGUCGAGUUCCCUGGGACAGAUCGCGAGAUACGUCGCCGCGUCGGGUCAAAUUCUCAACAUUGGCGACGUCGCUACGUGGCUGAAGAAAGGCGUAAUGGAGAGCGGAAAGGAGCCCAUCAGAAGUAUCCUGUGCAUGCCGAUUGUCAACGGACAGAGAAUCGUCAUCGGAGUUGCUCAAUUGAUCAACAAGGACAACGGCACAGCCUUCACCGACUCGGACGUGUCGAUAUUCGAGGCGUUCGCUAUUUUCUGCGGCCUCGGUAUUCACAAUACGCAGAUGUACGAAUCCGCGUGCAAGCUGAUGGCGAAGCAGAAGGUGGCCCUCGAGUGCCUGAGUUAUCACGCGACCGCCAACAACGACGAUGCCCUGAAACUCGUCUCCGAUCCCAUACCGUCCGCGGAAACGUACAACCUCUAUAGCUUCACGUUCAUCGACUUCGAUCUCACCGACGAAGACACGUGCCGCGCCACCAUCAGGAUGUUCAAACAGUGCGAUCUCAUACAGAAGUUCCACAUACCUUACGACGUCCUAUGUAGAUGGAUCCUCAGUGUGAAGAAGAAUUACAGGCCAGUAAAGUACCACAAUUGGCGGCACGCGCUCAACGUCGCGCAAACGAUGUUCGCGAUGCUGAAGACCGGCAAGAUGGAACAAUUCAUGACCGAUCUGGAGAUCCUCGGGCUUCUGGUGGCCUGCCUCUGCCACGAUCUGGACCACCGCGGCACCAACAACGCGUUCCAGACGAAAACCGAAUCUCCACUGGCGAUCCUUUACUCGACCAGCACGAUGGAGCACCAUCACUUUGAUCAGUGUGUCAUGAUCCUGAAUUCCGAUAGCAACAACAUCUUCCAGAGUUUAUCGAUGGAGGAUUACAGACGCGUGAUGAAGGUCGUGGAGAGCGCCAUUCUGUCGACCGAUCUGGCGAUGUACUUCAAAAAGAGGAAUCGUUUCAUGGAAGUGAUCGACGAGGGCGAGUUCGAUUGGCAGAGCGAAGAGAAGAAAGAAUUACUAUGCGGCAUGAUGAUGACGGCGUGCGACGUGAGCGCGAUAGCGAAGCCCUGGGAGAUACAGCAUCGCGUGGCGAAGCUGGUGGCCGACGAAUUCUUCGACCAAGGCGAUCUCGAGCGCCUCCAACUCAACCAGCAGCCGGUGGCGAUGAUGGACCGCGAGAGGCGGGAUGAAUUACCGCAGAUGCAGGUCGGCUUCAUCGACGUGAUCUGCCUGCCACUCUACAAGGUCAUGUCAGAGACGUUCCCGUGGAUACUGCCGCUCUACGAGGGCACCACGGAGAACCGAAGAAACUGGCAGGAUUUGGCGGAAAAGGUCGAGAUGGGAUUGACGUGGAUCGAUCGCGACACGAUCGAGGAACCAGUCGAGGAAUUCGUUUCUUACGAGCCUAAGGACAUCGAGUUCACGGUGACGACUUUGAACUGCGCUCACGCCGACAGGAAGGAACAAAUGCCCGAGAGAUCGUCGCUCGGCAGGUUCGCCUCGCUGAGGAAGGGCGGGCGUACGUUGAGCAAAGGGGUCCGGCAUCGCAUCAGCAGGUCUCUCUACGCCAGGAGCAGCUCGGAGGACGCCGGCAAGUCGAAGGCACUGCUGCCGGAGAGAAAGAAUCGGAACAAGUUGUGUCUGCUCAUUUGACGGCUAACUUCGACGACGCUCGAGAGCAUCCCCGAAUGAUGGCCAACGGGUGGCGAUACUUGGAAAUGGAGUAUAUGAAUAUACAUCGCAGCUUCCAGGUCGCGGAAGAUGGAAUCUUUAACGUUGAGAUUACCUGGAAGCUGGAAGUUUGACAGAUCUGUAGACGAGCUGUCAUUGAAAAAAAGAGCUUUAGGGUGAACCUAGAAGACGCUCUUAGAGGAAUAAGAUUGUCUGUUUCAAUAACCAAGUCAGACUAUUCUCGAAGAGUAGAAUGAUACCGAAUGGAAUUAUUUCAAAAAAGCUCUCUUGAAGCUGCUUUCACUUGCAGCUGAAAACACUUACGGGAAAUGAAUCCUUUGGGAGAACUCUUAGAAGAAAAAA